AUGAAGGCCAACCCAGCAGGCUCCUCCUCAGAGGCCUGCAGAGCUGCAGGCCAGGCACCACAGCAGAAGACUCAGGCCACACACAGGCAGGCCCCUCGGCAGAAGGUUCUGGUGACUGGAGGAGGAGGCUAUCUGGGCUUUAGCCUGGGUUCCAGCCUGGCCAAGAGUGGCAGUUCUGUCCUACUGCUCGACCUCCGCAGACCGCAGUGGGAGCUGUCCCCAGGGACCGAGUUCAUCCAGGCGGAUGUCCGCGAUGAAGAAGCCCUGUAUCGUGCCUUCAAAGGGGUGGACUGUGUCUUCCACGUGGCGUCCUAUGGAAUGUCUGGUGCUGAGAAGCUGCAAAAAGAGCAGAUUGAGUCUAUAAAUGUUGGAGGCACCAAAGUAGUGAUCAAUGUCUGUGUCCGUCGGCGGGUCCCAAGGCUCAUCUACACCAGCACAGUCAAUGUCGUGUUCGGCGGGAAGCCCAUAGAACAGGGUGAUGAGGACUCUGUGCCAUAUUUCCCACUGGAGAAGCACGUGGACCACUACUCACGAACCAAAGCCAUCGCUGACCAGUUGACCCUCAUGGCCAACGGAACACCUCUCCCAGGAGGAGGCACUCUGUGGACGUGUGUGCUCCGGCCCCCAGGGAUCUAUGGCCCUGAAGAGCAGAGGCACCUGCCCCGCGUGGCGAGCCACAUCAAGAAGAGGCUAUUCAUGUUCCGAUUUGGGGACCGCAGGACACGGAUGAACUGGGUCCACGUGCACAAUCUGGUGCAGGCACACGUGCUGGCGGCUGAGGCCCUCACCGCGGCCAAGAGCUACGUGGCCAGUGGCCAGGCAUACUAUAUCAAUGAUGGGGAGAGUGUCAACCUCUUCGAAUGGAUGGCCCCGCUGUUUGAGAAGCUAGGGUACAGCCAGCCCUGGAUCCAGGUGCCUACUUCCUGGGUGUACCUAACAGCCGCUGUGAUGGAGUAUUUGCACCUGGCCCUGAGGCCCAUCUACAGCGUCCCCCCACUGCUCACCCGGAGCGAGGUGCGCAGCGUGGCCGUGACGCACACCUUCCAGAUCGCUAAAGCCCGCGCGCAGCUGGGCUACGCGCCAGACAAGUUCCGCUUCGCCGACGUCGUGGAACAAUACGUGCGGUCCACGAGCCAGCGGCCCUGCGGCUCUUCGCCGCAGACACUCCUACGGCUGCUGCUCGGGCUGCUGCUGCUGCUCGGGCUGCUCGCCCUGGCCCUGCACCUGCUAGGCCUGCAGCCGUCCUUCGUCUGA